UCGUAAAAUAAAAUCCUUUUUUAUUAAAAAUCUAAUCAGACAAAAGAAGAAGAAGAAGAAGCAAUAGUAAUAUAAAUAGUCUCCCGCUCGCCUCAUCUCUUCUUUUUCUUAUUUCCCCUUUCUUGAUAAGCACCUCACCUCAUUUUCUCUUAUAGAUCUCUGAAACUGAGAUUUCGUUAACAGAUAUAUAAAAUGGAGAACAUCUCAUCGGAAAAAGUUUCAGGACCACCAUCACCACCACCUUAUCCGGUAAUAAUAAAGUCAACGGAUCUGUUUACGCGAAGAAAAUGCCAAAGCUUUGUUUCUAAAGCUACAAGAGAUUCAUGGGAUCGUAUGUUCGACGAAGCUCAUGGAGCUGAUGUUUUGAUUCAUACGGAUGAUAAUGGUUUGGUCUACGCACAUUCUAAUGUCAUCGGAAUGGCUUCAGAUGUAAUCAAAGGAAUUAUGAAGCAAGAUAAGAGAAGACCUCAUCGCAAAACGAUCUCAAUCCUCGGUGUUCCUCACGACGCUGUUCGAGUUUUCAUUCGAUUCUUAUACUCUUCUUGUUAUGAGAAACAAGAUAUGGAAGAUUUCUCAAUGCAUCUUCUUGUGUUGUCACAUGUCUACGUGGUACCACAUCUGAAACGAGUGUGCGAGUCAGAAUUCGAGAACAGUUUGCUCAACAAAGAGAAUGUGAUUGAUGUGUUUCAGCUCGCUCUUCUCUGUGAUGCUCCUCGUCUUGGUCUUCUAUGUCACAGAAUGAUNACUCUC